AUGACGCCACCGCAAUGUACACAGCGCGUGUGCUCCAAUGUGAGACGGCAGCCGCAGCUGUCUCUGCCUGACUGCUACCAAGCCAGUGCGAAGCAACAAGUUUUGUUUUUGCGUGUGUCGUGCGUCGCGCGCCCUUCAAACACUGGUUAUCUGGGUAGCUUUCUUUCCAACAGCCUGAAGACGCACCAGCUCGAGGUGAACACCGAUUCGAAGACGCUACGCUCCAUCGCCCGACUCAAAGAACCGAGAGAACUUUUCGCGUUGCCUAAAGAACGAGACUAUGACUGCCCCCAGCAGGCCCCCCGAUGGCCAAUUGAAUGUCAGGUACAUGAAGAGCGUAUCUAUCAUCUUGACGAUGCACCAGAAACACCGGAACCAUACUACCAACCGACCGGGAAGGAGUUGCAACCGAGACCGGUAGGCGAAGAGAACGGUAUCAUCGUAUAUAACUACAAUCCAACUAGCGCGGUGCACUACUUUAGUCGUUCUACGGUUGGCGGUUCGAAGGCGCAAACGGCGGCUCACCCGAGCCCUCUCGACCCGGAUGAUCUUGUGUUCGAAUCGCGCUUCGAGAGCGGCAACCUGGGCCGGGCUAUCAAAAUCACACCGACGUAUUACGAGCUCUACCUACGACCGGACAUGUAUACCAACCGGCAUACGCAAUGGUUCUACUUUCAGGUCAAAAACACCAAAGCGAAAGUCAUUUACAGAUUUUCCAUCAUUAAUCUCACGAAACCGGACAGUCUGUACAAGGAGGGAAUGCGGCCGCUGAUGUACUCAACAACGGAUGCAGAGUGCAAUCAAGUCGGUUGGCGCCGCUGUGGUGACAACAUUGCCUACUUCCGCAACGAGGACAACAGUAAUGGAUACAACUACAGUCAUUAUCAUCACCGACCAUGCGACGACGAUGACGAGGAAUACAUCGGCACCAGCUCCUUCACGUUGUCUUUCAACAUAGAGUUUCGAUACGACGGUGACACAGUGUUCUUUGCACACAGCUACCCGUACACCUACUCUGAGCUGCAAGACUACCUAAUGUGCAUCCAACGUAACCCGGUCAAGUCGAAGUUCUGCAAGUUGCGACUGUUGUGCCGUUCACUCGCUGGCAAUAAUGUUUACUAUCUCACAGUCACCGCACCGACAACGCACGAAGAUGACAAUCAGAAGAAGAAGAAAGCAGUCAUUAUUACCGCACGUGUUCACCCUGGCGAAAGCCCAUCUUCGUGGAUGAUGAAGGGUUUGAUGGACUUCAUAACUGGCGAUUCGUACGUGGCGAAGAAACUGCGACACAAGUUCAUUUUCAAACUAGUGCCUAUGCUUAACCCGGACGGCGUUAUUGUGGGAAAUACACGCAGCUCGCUCACCGGGCGAGACCUAAAUCGUCAGUACCGAACAGUCAUCCGCGAAACGUAUCCUUCGAUCUGGAACACGAAGGCAAUGAUUAGAAGACUGAUGGAAGACUGUGGUGUCGCCAUGUACUGCGACAUGCAUGCACACUCACGCAAGCACAACGUGUUCAUUUACGGGUGCGAAAACCUGAAGCGCCAUCCGGACAGACGCUUGUUGGAACAAGUGUUUCCGCUAAUGCUGCACAAAAAUGUGGCCGAUAAGUUUUCGUUUGAAAAUUGCAAAUUCAAGGUGCAGAAAAACAAGGAGGGCACCGGUCGGAUAGUGGUGUGGGUGUUAGGCGUGACCAAUAGCUACACCUUAGAGGCAUCGUUCGGCGGCAGCACGUUAGGAGGUCGCGCUGGAACCCACUUCUCGACCACAGACUAUGAACACAUCGGGCGAGCCUACUGCGAAACGCUGAUGGACUACUAUGACGAUAAUCCGAUUAAAGAAAAGCUACGCAUUAAAAUCCUCACCCGGUUAUCGAAAGAGGGCUCGAGUGCCGAGGAGCCGCUUAAUAUUCCCCUGUCAGACUACUCCAGCGACGAGGGUGAUACAACUAGCAGUAGCUCGGAGGACGAAGGAAAAGACAGCAUGGCCGAGCUAGAAGGACCGUGCUGUUCGACAUUAAAGGUGCCUCCGUCGUCUCCAGUGCUGCCUCAGAAGCUGAAGGGCAACAAAAAGAACAAAAAGCCUAUUUCGCAGCAAGCGGUGCGUCCUUCGUACCGGCGAAAAUCGCAAAGCGUACAACGCAUCGUACUAGACAUUCCAACAACGGAACCAGUGAGCGAUUUCUUCGAGUAUACAUCCGAGGAUGAACUGAUCGUUCCCGCUGCCGUGUCUGACACGGAGAACACAUUACAGCGCACGUUCUGGCGACGCAGCCGACUUCGGGAGACGGACAACAUACGCAAGUUGACGCUGCUUGGUUGCGAAACGCAAUACCUAAUGCCGCCGGAGUUGAUCGUGCGCUCGGCCACAAAUCACUACCAUUCAGAGGACGAGGACGAGCAAAGCAGGAUGGUGAUGAGCAUUAUCAAAGAAUUUCCUCCGGUCAUGAGUAAGGAACGUGUUUGGCAGCGCUCGAGCGAAAGCGAAAGGCCGGUAGAGGCGCACAAGUCGUCCAGUCCGGAUCAUUGUCAUUUAAGAUUCUCGCUUAAGCGCUCCAUCUGGACCGGUGCGCACUCAGAUGGAUAUCUCAACGAUUUCAACAACCCACGGCCGAUUUCAUGGGGCGCCCCACCAACACUGGUUAAAUCGACGUAUAACGAUAAUGAAGCGCUACUAACCGCUUGCUCACAGAAGCUGGCUGCCUGGAAGGACGAAAAGCGAAUCCUGAAAGAGAAACAUCACAAGAGCAUGCUGAAACACCACACACACACGCUCGCUUUCGGUAAAGAUAAGGAGAACCGGAGCGUGCGAAUAAAGAUGACGGUUGGGGCAGAUCCGCUGGCUUUUUCACUCGGGCAAACCAGUACAACGAAGCAGCAGAAGGUUGCCUCUAGUUGCACCAGCGAAAAGAAGCAGCCAAUGGACGGAUCUGAAGGAAGCGGUGUCUCGCGAGUUAAACGUAAAACUCGUGUUACGUUGAGCAAGAUAGUGGAAAAAGCAGACAUCAUUACUCACCUUUCGCGAAAUUCACGGGCUGGCCAGACGCGUCGCUUGCUGUCCACCAGCACGCUGUCGGCGGUGGGUUCACCACGCAAGGUCCUUUUGACCGUACCUUCCGCAAUCGCACUGGCCUCGGGAGCAGGAUCGAACGGGGUCAACGGGACGAAUGGUACCAACGCCCAGUCACUAACGGUAAAAAAUCCGGGAAAGUUUAAAACGAGCGGGAUCGUGGUUACUGCCGCACAGCCACUACCAAAAACGCGCAAAUCAUUCGCUCGCGGGAAGCUUACAGCCUCUCCUAUUAAACUGCCCACAACCAGUAUCGAUAUCCACCUGAUGACCCUCUGCUCCGAGUCUGAAUCUGAAAGAAAUGUAAAGGUAGCAACCAGUAAGAAACACCGGAAGAAACGCACGCCUAAGGAGAAAUCUACCAAAUGAAACCCGUUGCCCCCGCUGCAGAUCCUUUAGGGAAGUGUAAAUAUUUCUUCGGCUCCGUAACCUACGCGGUGAGUUGAAGAAAGAUGGGUUCAUGUUUUUCUUGGUACUAAACUGGUUUUGAUUGAUA